GGAGGGACAGUGAGGGUGGCAGGCUGAAAAGUGAGGAGGGCAGCAUUCCACUCUGCAGUGUACAGCCUGCCAGAAUACCAAUCGAAGAAGAAGCACUAGUCAGUGUCCCUGUAUUUUACUUGGUGCAGUUCAGCCACUUCACCACUAGAGGUGUCAGUUGCAAUUCAACCACUUCACCACUAGGUGUCAGGUGCAGUUCAGCCACUUCACCACUAGGUGUCAGUUGCAAUUCAACCUCUUCACCACUAGGUGUCAGGUGUAGUUCAGCUGCUUCACCACUAGGUGUCAGGUGUAGUUCAGCUGCUUCACCACUAGGUGUCAGGUGUAGUUCAGCUGCUUCACCACUAGGUGUCAGGUGCAGUUCAGCUGCUUCACCACUAGGUGUCAGGUGGAGUUCAGCCACUUCACCACUAGGUGUCAGUUGCAAUUCAACCACUUCACCACUAGGUGUCAGGUGUAGUUCAGCUGCUUCACCACUAGGUGUCAGGUGCAGUUCAGCUGCUUCACCACUAGGUGUCAGGUGGAGUUCAGUCACUUCCCCACUAGGUGUCAGGAGCUGUUGCCGGAAGUAAAACCUUCGGCGUGGCUCACAAACAGACCGUCUCGCUACAACGAGGCGUCCAUAACAGAGCACCGUGGGAGAGAAUCUUAGAAAAGGAACAAUUAGACCGAGUCUUUGAAUGCAUCAUGAAGACUGAAAUGACCCGGGCUAGAAAGCGCUCCUCUGAGACUGAAGCAGCCGGGGCAGAAGCAGCUCAGUCUCUGCAGGAGGAGCUCAUGGCUGCGAUACAUGGAGCGUUUGAAGUCGCUGUAGAGAUCGCAGUGCAAGAGGUGUCAAAGCUCGUAGGUCAGGCAACAGGAGUCAUCCGGGAGGAGAUGCGACAAGAGAAUGAGACCCUCAAACAAAGACUGCAGGAAGCUGAAGCACUGCUGGAGUCAGACCGGCUCCUGAAUGCAGCCAAACUCAAAAAUCAACCGACCUGUUCAAAGUACGAGCAGCAGAGCCCGAAUCUCAUUGUGCGCAAUGGGGUCAAAGGUAUCACCAGAGCAGACCACCCCCAGCAUCCAGACCCCCAACAUCCUGACCACCCCCAGCAUCCUGACCCCCAACGUGAACACUUGAGGAGAAGAAGGGAGCAGAGAUCCAGAGAAGUGAAGAUCCAGCUUAUCAGUGGUGCUUCAGAGAGAAAUAAUGGAUGUGAAUCAUUCACUGUAGAAGCCAGUGAAGUAACACCUAGCGCGUGUGUGACAAGAGUAGACCACAUUGAGCCGACAUGUCAAGACCCGGACGCUCAGGACCACUACUCCCCUCCACUUCCCUGUGGGGACGACAAGUCAGCUUUGGAGAGGGUUAGAAUAAAGCAGGAGACUCCAGAAGAGGACGAUGACUCCAUCUGUUUUUUAGACUCUAUUAAAGAAGAGGAUUUCAGCCCCGAGUGUAUGUCAGCGGUUCAGUCCAACAUGCUGGACGAGUGGAAAACAGAAGUGCUGCAUAAUCGGAGUGAAGACUCAGGCAGUGGACCUGCUCAGGCUGCUCCAAAUCAAACCUCCCAGCUCGUCUCACCAUCAGAAACUGCACCUCUCUCCUUGGAGUUUCCAAACAUCUUCCCGGCAGCAGAGCCCGCCCCCAUCCCAGAAUCCACAACACAGGUUUAUGGAGCCCGCGAUCGAACCAGCCGCAACCUCAGCAACCUCUACGCCUGCAAGUACUGCAGUCAGAUUUUCCACCUGCCCAGCCUGCUGCGGAAGCACUACAGCCAGUGUCAGCUGAGGCACCAGUGUUUCCAGCAGCCCGUGGCAGGAAGCAAGAGGACCAGGCUGCAGCUUUACCCGCCGGGCUGCAGUCCCUUCCGCUGCAUCGAGUGCAACCGGGAGUUCAACCGCAUGGAGAACCUGAAGACUCACCUCCGCAUCCACACGGGAGAGAGGCCGUACACCUGCUCCGUCUGCUCCAAGUGCUUCCGUCACUCCGGGGCGUUAACCAGACACUUCCGCAUCCACACGGGGGAGAAGCCGUACGUCUGUGGACAGUGUGGGAAGUCUUUCAGGAACUGUGGGGGGCUCAAAUUCCAUCAGCGGUCACACAGCAAGUAGCAACAGAAGAGUGGGACUAAUGUAAGGCUCAGUAAUGUCUGAUUUUAUACAAUGCUCAAUAUAUUUAUUUGAUUGGGUUUUACAGGCUGCUUCCAACCCUGAAGCUGAAGUUGUGUCAAUAUGAUACAGGGAAGGCUUCAUGAAUGUUGCUUUUCAAUCAUAUACAGAAAUACAAAAUGGGUAACAUUUUACAGGUAACCAUUGUACAAGGGCGGUACAUCAGGUUGUGAAGACAUUGAUGCACCCACAUAUAUCAGUGUCUCUGGGUUCCUCGUACACUGAUAGGUAAUAGACAACUAUUCAAUAAAAAUGUCUCUCUAGUCCUUACUGUUUCACCUCCCUCAGGUCUGCACAUCCAGGUAGAACGUAUUGUUUUAAAGCUUUCAUCCAGAGAGCAUCUCCUCCUCAAGUCACAGAAUCAUCAUAUAAAUGUUACCAAACCAAAUGUCAUUAUUAUAUCAGAUAUAAACCAGUGUCCUCUUGUUAAUGAAGUAAAUAUACUGUAGCGAUGUGAUGAGUGUGGAGCAUAGAAGUGGCAUUUUUACAAACAUGUCUUAUAAAGGUAUUUACAGGAAAUAAGUAUACUUACCCCAUACACUGAAAUGAUUCAUUCUGUUUGUGUGUCUUUAAGUUAUUUUGAUCAUAAUGUAUAAAAAAUAACUUAAAUAAAAGUAUAGGAAAUGCUCAAAAAGUGUCCGAAGUAU